AUGACGCCUAGGAAAUCUGUGAUAAAUUUCAUCAACGAUGUCCAAAGUCAACUAGAUCUUGUAGAUAUAUGGAGAGUUAAAAACCCGCAAACUAAAAGUUUUACCUGGAGUCAACGAUCUCCGCCGAUAUUUUGUCGCCUUGAUUAUUGGUUGAUUUCUAACAAUUUACAUGACUGGGUCAAAGCCACAAAUAUAAUCCCCGCCAUCAGAACUGACCAUUCUGCUAUCUAUUUAGAAUUUGGGAACGUGGACAAAGAGGCUAAGGGUCCUGGGUUCUGGAAGAUGAACACCUCCAUAUUGGAGGAUGAUGAGUACAUUGAUGACCUUACAAAAAUGGUACCAAUUUGGAUCAAGGAAGGCCGAAAAGAACUUUCCGACCAUCGUAACAUUUGGGACUGGAUAAAAUAUAACAUAAGAGCUCAUGCUAUAAAAUAUUCCAAAAAGAAAGCAAAGGAGAGAAACGAAAGACGAUCAAAACUUGAAAAAGAAUAUACUGAAGCGAAACAGGUUUUCGAAACGAACCCCAAUGAUUUGAAUGGCAACAAUUUAAAUGCGGCUAAGGAUAAGCUCGAAUCAUUUUAUGAUGAAAAAGUCAACGGAAUAAUAAUCCGUGCCCGAGCACGUUGGCAUGAGCACGGCGAGAAAAGUACCAAAUAUUUCCUAAACUUAGGAAAAAGAAAUCAUGUAAAAAAAGCAGAUAAGGAAACUAGUAAUCAGCGGCGUCGUAAAGACAGAUCCCUAUGACAUUCUUCAAGAACAAAACGUUUUUAUCGAGAGUUAUACAAAAGUUCAAAUAGUGAUGCGGAAAACCGUCAGAACAUUGUAAAGUUUCUAGAGAAUUUGAAUAUACCUCAAUUAACCGAAGAACAAAAGUUGACCUGCGAAGGCAAAAUUUCAGCUGAGGAAUGUUACAAUAUCCUCGAGAGCUUUCAAACCAACAAAACUCCCGGGAAUGACGGAAUUCCUAUAGAAUUCUUCAAAGUGUUCUGGCCUUUAAUAAGCGAUCCUUUUCUUAAAUGCGUGAACGAAAGCUUUGAAAAAGGUGAAAUGUCUUGUUCUCAAAAACAAGUGGUAAUUACUCUAAUAGAAAAAAAAAGGAAAAGAUCGUUCAUAUAUUGAGAACUGGCGUCCAAUCUCUCUCGUAAACGUUGACACAAAAAUUAUGUCUAAAGUGAUCGCCACUAGAAUUAAAAAUGUUCUUUCAAAUAUUAUACACCAUAACCAAACUGGAUACGUGAAAGACCAAUAUAUCGGCGAAACAAUUAGAUCAGUUUUCGAUAUUAUGGAUUUCACUUCAAAAGAAAGUAUUCCGGGACUAAUGAUAUUUAUUGAUUUUGAAAAGGCAUUUGAUAGCGUAGAAUGGGAAUUUCUUCUCUAUUGUUUGAAAUCCUUCAAUUUUGGCCCUAAUUUCAUCCAUUGGGUUCAAACGUUCUACAGAAACAUACAAAGCUGUGUGAUAAACAACGGACUUUCAUCUGAAUACUUUAAUCUUGAACGUGGGGUACGACAGGGGGACCCGCUCUCUCCUUACCUCUUUGUAGUUACUAUAGAAACAUUAGCAAUUGCGAUUCGACAAAAUAAAGAUAUCAAAGGUAUCUCUAUUGGGAGUGAGGAGACAAAAAUUCUUCAAUACGCAGAUGAUACGACAGCAAUACUUGCCGACACAAGCUCUACUACUGCUCUUUUUAGGCUGUUAGAUGAUUUCAAGAUUGUCUCUGGCUUAAAGAUUAAUUGUUCCAAAACGGAAGCUAUGUGGAUAGGUUCUUCAAGGAACUGCAAAGCACAGCCUUUUGGAGUUAAAUGGCCUAACGAACCGAUAAAGGCUUUAGGAAUUUAUUACACGUAUGAUCAAAAAUUGCCUCUUGAAAAGAAUUUCAUAGAAAGAUUAGACAGUAUUAAAAACCUGACUAGAAUUUGGUCCUCUAGAGGACUUUCUAUUUAUGGUAAAAUUACACUUCUCAAAUCUCUAUUAAUCCCGAAAUUUGUUUAUGUGUCAUCUUUAAUACCUACCCCAAAAGAAUUUGUAAGUCAGUUAAACCAGUUAUUAUUUCAAUUCUUAUGGAAUGGUCGUGAUAAAGUCACCCGCAGAUCGGCGAUAAAUGAAUACUCCAACGGAGGAUUAAAGAUGAUUGAUUUUGAUAGCAUGAUAAUAUCGCUUCGAUUGGCAUGGCUAAAAAGAAUAGCUAGCUCAAAUGAUGACACCUGGAAAAGGUAUCUGAGACAUCAUCUAGAACGCUUUGGCGGCCCUUUCUUGUUUCAUUGCAAUUAUGAUGUUAGUAUCCUUCCACUGAAUAUUUCUCUAUUCUAUCUAGAACUACUGCAGUGGUGGUCAGAAUUUAGAGAUACGUUCUCUUCAGAAAAAGACUGGCGUUAUAUUCUUUGGAAUAACAAACAAAUACUCUUUAAUAAUAAAAGCUAUUUCGAAGCUGGUGUAGUUCACAUCAGCGAUCUAUCCUUUGACUUAAAUAACAAAGAUUCCUUUUCCUUAGUUUCUAACAGGAUUUCUAAAACUAAUUUUUUAGUUUGGGCAGGUCUUCGACACUCCAUUCCUUCCGUUUUAAAAAAUUGUACUCAUAAAUCAACAACAGGUGAACUUUCUCUAAAAAUUGACGAUAAUAUAUUUGAUGUCACAAAGAAGAAAUCUAAAGACUAUUAUACUUUACUUGUAAGCAGAAAGGCUCUUUUUCCAACUAAUGUAAACAAGCUGCAAAAUGAAUUUCAUUUCACACUCGAGGAAGUUUGUUAA